AUACAGUGUUUUAAUGAAUUACUCAAAAAAUGUACUUUUGAAUUUGCGUCACUUAAAUAUGGACAGUAGUCUCAAUAAGCGAAUUAGAUUAACCAUACAAAUGUAAAUGUCUUAUUAAAGUUUUAUAAACUAUUGCUUUUAGUAUUUACUAUUGCCUUCUAUAUUACGGAUAGUUGAAAAAAUUUGUUCGGAAGGCUAUCACGAAGGUUUUUUAAAAAGUUCAAAGAUAUCUCACUCCAUGCAAUUUUCAUCGCUCCUAAAAGGAACUCCCAAUUAUCGAAUUGACUGACUGACUCAUAAACCUUGCUGGUCAUCCACCCCCAAACGGUUUCCAUUAUAUUAAGGUCAGGAGAAUAGGGUGGCUAUUUCAAUAAACUCUCAUUUUGAGCUGUAGUCCAAGAUUUUACUACUACCCUUCUGUUGUGGAUCGGAGCAUUGUUCUGUUGGUAAUGUCCAAAGAAUGGGUCCAAAAAUAUUGGAAAAUUCCGGAAAUGCAUUCUUGAGUAUGUGUUUGUACAAAGAUGCAGCAAUUUUUGAUUUUUUAUACUGUAACCCAAUUGUUCCUUAAUAAUAUACCUCAGGCCCUUCGCUGCUAUGGUGACGUUCUAAACAGCGUUCUUUUUUCCUAAAGUUAUAGAAAUAAUCGUUAAAUCCUUCGGGACCAUUAAAAUUAAAUUUUUUUAUCCGAAAACACGACCGAUUUCCAUUAAUUUUUCCAACACAUGUGAUCACUGCAAAACUGUAGCCUUGUCUUUCGAUUCGUUGAGCAUUAAGCGGUGAUUUUUUUUUUUAAUUUUUGGGCACCAGAUGCUUACAACUUUUGAUUACUUUGCUCACAGUGGAAGCACGCACUGGAGCCACUUUUCGCGUUUAUUUUUGCUGCAGAGUCACUCGAAUUGGAAGCUUUUUUUUCGCAAUAUACCACCUUUCUGCUUCUAUGGUCACCUUUUUUUAUUUUUGUCUUAUAUAUUUUUUUCAUAAGACGCCGGAUUUCGUAAAAAACUGUAGACGACAUUUGCACUUCUAUUAAUUUUGGAAGAAAUAGCUCGCGCAGAAAGACCUAAGUCCUCAAAAGCUUCACUUUUGGCCUUUUCGACAUCAGAAAAUGCAUAUGCUCGUCCCAUAUUUACUAAAAAGACCUGAAAUCGUUCCAAAAAUCUCUUAGAUGCCACAAAUAACAAUUUUAUAAAUUUCGCCUAAACGGACAUGCCUUCACAAUGCUGUAAUUUAAAAUGUACCUAUUCAAGUGACGCAAAUUUAAAAGCACAUGUUUGUCUUAUUCAUGAAAACUCCGCAUAUAAACAAAAUUAUGAAAGAUAUAUUUUUCAUUUUCACAAGAUUUGUUCAAAAAAGAUCCGUCUUUAAACCCAAGUAGAGAUAUAGGCUCGUAUCUUAAAAAUAAAUUGUGUACCUAUUCAAGUGAAUCGGGGUGUAUCUAUUUUCUAUUUAUAUUAUUUAAUAAUUAACUUUUUAUUGUUUCUACUUAUACACAAAAUAAUAAUAAAAGGGUUUCAUGCUAACAAGUAAUACCAUAUCUACAGAAAUAAAUAAUGAUUAUACCGGCAGCUAUAUAUAUAUCUAUAUAUAUAUAGACAACCUUCUCAUCUACCCGAAAUCGGGGGUUUCUUUUCUAAAUCCUAGUCGAUUAUGCUAUCAAAUACCUUAAUGGCAUUAUUGUGAAAUUUUUUGUUCCGGCAAUAAGUUUUCCACUGAAAUGGUGUUGUGUGUGUUUAAAGCAGAGGUGCUCACAACGGCAUAGCUUAUUUGGCUCCAGUUAGCUCCUAGAAAAUUGUUUAAAAAAAAACACAGCAUUUUUACGAACAUGCAAAUUGAUCACAGUAAGCAAGUUGACUUGCGCUGGCAUUGUCUGGCUCGAGAUAGCUUGCUCGAAACUAACAGGAUAAUCGUCAUUUAUUCGCCGUUGUCAGACAUUGCCUCGCAUUCACUUAGCUUUGGCCAAAUUGCUUUAUUGUUACGCCAAGGAUGAAAUGAUGCGAGACUCUUUCAAUCGAGAGAGAACUGUCAAAAUCCACAUUUUUUAUAACAUUUGCCAAUCAUGCCACUGUCGAACGAAAAUGGAUGUAUUUUGCAUAUCGAUAUUAUUUUUAGGUGCUCCGUCCCCGAGUAGGCCUAUAUAACGCAUAUACAUCCCUAUAUACUUGUAUUUAUAUUAUAAAAUUUUUAAAAAAUCAUAUAACAUAAAAAAAUUAUAACAAAGAAACCAUACAUAUCAUAAUAAAAGAUCAUGGUUUUAUAAUGAACGUUUUAAAAUAAAUUAACAAAUAAAAUUUAGUUGCACGUUAUUCAAAAGUAUUUGUGUCGUUCCUUGAAAUUUCGUUUCGCACUGCUUUUGUUAGCUAUUUUUAGUAGGUUUAUUUCUGGCAUCCCGCCUUUUUUGACAUCAGCUGUUCGAAAUUCCCUGAUUUUAAUAAUCAGGGAAAGAGAAUAACAGAAAAAUCAGCGAAAAUGAGGGAGUCUCGCAUCAUGUCAUCCUUGGUUACGCUGCAGUUACACGAUCAAGAACCUGCUUUCAAGUCGAUCACACAAACUGUGUGUCAAAAUUCAUUUAAAUUGACAGCUGUGACACAGGGUUUUUAUCAUCUGUGGCAAUACAUAAUAACUUCAGAAAAGAAUAAAUUUGAAAAGUAAAAAUCUACGCUCUCGAGCAAACUAUUGACAGUAAAAAUGGCUUGUGCAACACUUAAACGUACAUUAGACUGGGAAGCACUAAAUCAGCGUCCUACAAAGCGUAGACGUUGCAAUCCUCUUGGGCAGACAACCGGAAAUGGAGCAUCACCAUCACGCUCAUCUGUAUCAUCUACUUUAUAUGACAAUGUGCAGAGUCCUAGUGGAAGUCGUAUUUCCAAAGAACCACAGCCUAAUCCAUUCACAGAGACCAACUUAACAAAAAUAUCACCAGAUAAAAUGGCUCAGGAUAUCCGUGAUGAAAUUAAACGACUGCAUCGCUGUAAACGUCUUCAAUUCCCACCGUCUAACGUAGAUGGUAUGCAACAGGACUCUGAAUCGAGCGGUUCCGAAAUGGGUGCCGAUAGUCCACGUCGCCCCGACACCCCGCCGAGUUUGGUGCGUAAUCCAGAGAAAGCGCUUUUUACAUUUAAGCAAGUUCAAUUAAUAUGCGAACGUAUGCUUAAGGAGAGAGAAGACGAGAUACGUGAGAAAUAUAAUGCUGUGCUGACUACGAAGCUCGCCGAACAGUAUGAUGCUUUCGUAAAAUUCACAUACGAUCAGAUACAAAGGCGCUACGAAGCCACACCAAGCUAUCUUUCAUAAUCGGACCUCAAGCGAACUGAAUUACUAGUCGCUAAGAUAUCAUCGCGUAUAUACAACACUUUCUGUAUUUAUGCAUUUUGUUGGAGAAACAAUAAUAUAAAACUGAAAUUCUCAUCAUAACUUAAAAUAUUAACUUUAAUAAAAGCACUGAAAGCUAAUAAGAUGAAAGGAUAAAUAUAAAAAAGUUAAUAUAACAAUCGCCUAAAGGAUAAAAAUAUUCAAAUUUUUAUAUAUUCUGUCAUAUUAUAAUUUCUACUCGAACACAUAAUUUUUUUGUCAUAGUCGAAGUGAAGUCUACAUUUAAGUAAGUAAGUUAGCACCUUAUUAACAUAAUUUGUUAUGUUCUGUAAAAAUCUAUUGCUAACUUCAAAUUGUACUUUGUUUUCAACUAUGACUAUUGGCCUUUAAACUCAAACAUAUUUAAUAAACUUUCCAUAAGACACCGCAUUAUUUACAAUUCAAUAUUUUAUAAACACAUACAUAUGUAAGUAGAUGUUCAAGAUUUGAAAGCUUAUGUAUAUUUUGUUGGUUUUGAGAAUGUACUGCUUUUUCAUUUGUAGAGAUUGUUAUACAAUUUUAAUAAGACUUUAUUGAGGAAUAAUUCAUGCUAUAACUGAAUGGUUUGGCAUUAAAGAUAAAAUAUUCCUGUCGGAAUAUGUUUUUUUUAUUCAAUGUCUUGUGCUAUAUACAAUAUAUAUAAUAUAAACAUAGUUGCGAAUGGCAAUUGAGUAAAAUUACUGAAGUUCCCAUCCAAUUAUGCACUUGCUUUCUUAUCAGAGAAAUGCUUAAUUUUUGUUAAGAGAAAAAAAUCUAAAAUCAUACUAAUAAUUUUUCAAAUAAUACACCUGCAGCAGAGGAAAAGCGUAUACUUUGAAAUUGAUAUAACAAAUAAACAAUACAAGCAACAAAUAAACAACAAUUAAAAACCUCAGCAUCAGUAAAAAGAAAUAAUAUUUACACAAACAACUAUAUGUUAAUAUAUACUUAGUAUAGAACAGAUAUUAGGUUAAUGAAAUUGAAUUAAUAAGAUUAUUAUUUUAAUAAUAAUGAAGUGAAUAUAAGAACAUA